AUGGAGUACCUCGAAAAAUUAAAAGUUUAUGGUGAUCAAGUAAAAAAUGUUGUUGUUAAAUCUAUGGUUGAUACAGCUCAUGGUGGACAGAAAAUUCUUAAAGAUGUGCUACCAGGCAAUUUAGUUACUCGAGAAUUCGAACUCGUUCAACCACUCGGAUCUGCUGGUCCAGGACUUAUGUGGAGGAUUUAUGGAGCAAUUAAACGUUCGACCAAACAAGAGGCAGCUGUAUUUGUCUUUGAAAAACGUUUAUUGGAUAAAUAUGCAAAAAAAGAUCGUGAAUUAAUUCUUGAAGCAAUGAGAAAAGGUGUACAUCAAUUAGCAAAGAUAAGACAUCCUCGCAUAUUAAGUCUUCAGCAUCCACUAGAGGAAUCACGAGAUAGUUUAGCAUUUGCAACUGAAUCUUGCUUUGCUAGUGUUGCUAAUUGUCUCGGCUGUUAUGAUAAUAUGACUCAACCAAUACCAAAAGAAUUUGAAGAUUAUAAACUUCAUGAUAUUGAAAUUCGCUACGGUAUUGUUCAGCUUUGUGAAGGAUUAUUGUUUUUACACAAUGAAGUUAAACUGCUUCAUCGAAACAUAUCACCUGAAUCAAUUAUUAUCAAUUCAAAUGGUUCAUGGAAGCUAAUUGGUUUUGAAUUAUCUGUUCAAGGUUCAGCUGAUGGAGCACUCUAUCCAUUUCGAGAUUAUGAUGGAAAUAUUUCUCCUAUACUCAAUCCAAGACUUGAUUAUAUGGCACCUGAAUAUUUUACAACCAAAAGUUGUGAUAGCCAAUCGGAUAUGUUUUCAGUUGGUAUGCUAAUGUAUGCAUUGUAUAAUCAUGGUCGAACAUUAUAUGAAUGUCAUGAUAACUAUUCUGCAUUUAUAAAAAUGUCUGAUGAACUUAAAAUGCUUAAUACAACAAAGUUAUCUGUUUUACCAAGAGAAGCGUGUGAUCAUGUAAAGAUGUUACUCAGUACAAAACCUGAAUUACGACCAGAUGCUGAACAAUUUUCAAAAGUACCCUUUUUUCAAGAUGUUGCAGUAAAAACAUUGGAGUAUCUUGAUUCAUUAUUUCAAGUUGAUCAUAUUCAAAGAUCAAUGUUUUACAAAAGUCUGCCGCAAGUGAUCGAUAAAUUACCAAUGCGUGUUAAUCUACAACGUAUUACUUCAGCGUUGGAACUUGAAUUUAUUAAUCCUGAAAUGGUUCCGUUUGCUCUACCGAACAUGUUUCUUAUUGCAGAAAAAGCUAGCAGUGAUGAAUAUCGAAAAUACAUAUUUCCUAAACUCAAACAAGUUUUCAAAAUACAAAAACCUGCUCAGGGAAGUGGAGCGUCGGGUUGUUUUAUGCAGACAUUACUAAUUUUAAUGCGUAAUAUGAAAUUAAUGUUAACAAAAACUCCAGCAGAAGAUAUUAAACAACACAUUUUACCUGUUGUCUAUAAUGCAUUAGAUGCUGAAUCAUCACAAGUUCAAGAACUUUGCCUAGCAAUCAUUCCAUCAUUUGCACAUCUGAUUGAUUUACAAGCGAUGAAAUAUGCUAUAUUACCGCGUAUAAAAAAAAUCUGCUUUGAAACAAUAACAUUAAGUGUUCGUGUUAAUUGUUUAAUAUGUCUCGGAAAAUUAGUUGAAUCAUUAGAUAAAUGGAUUAUUAUCGAUGAGGUUUUACCACUUCUUCAAUCAAUACCAUCACGUGAGCCAACUGUACUUAUGGCAAUAUUAGGUAUUAUCAAAGUUGCAAUGUCAUCAUCAAAGGCUGGUGGUUUACCACGUGAAAUACUUGCAACAAAAAUUAUACCUUUCCUAAUACCGAUCUCAAUUGAAACAAGUCUUAAUCUUAAUCAGUUCAACGCGUAUAUGUCAACAAUAAAAGAUAUGCUGGAAACAGUAGAAAUAGAACAACGCAAAAAACUCGAACAACUCUCCCAACAAGCACCGAAUGCACCUAUUAUCCCAAUAGAUUUAUCAAAAACGGAUUUUCAUGUUGAUCAACGCUCAUGCUCAAUGAUAGAUCAAUUUAUGAUCGGUCAUGGAUUUAAUUCUGAAGUGGCACAAAAUAAAAGUCUGUCAACUGUUUUUGAUGAAAAUGCAUCUAAUGGAAGUCCAAAAUUACAUCAAAAAUCAGUUUCAUUAUCAAAUCAGCCGAAUCCAUCAGAAAGUUCAUUAGCGAAAAAAACAUUAACAUUAGAAGACAAAGAACGCAUCAUGCGUCAAAGUGAGCAAACACAACGUAUGUCAACUCAAGGUGAAAUUUUACCUGAACGUAAAAUGCCUGUGUCAUCAUCGGCUAAUACAAAUUCAAAUAUUCCAUUAAUGGCUAUGACACCUACAGUAUCAUCGCCAACAUCAUCUAAUUCAUCUUCAGCAAUUUAUAAAGAUUUAACAAGUACUUUAUUUGAUCCACAUGCACCAUCACAAUCAUAUUCUGGUAUGUCUACUUCUCACACGAUGCCAUCUUUCAUACGGCCAACUAUGGCAACAGCAUCACCACCACUACUAACGCCAUCAUCAUCAUCAUCAUCAUCAUCAUGCCAACAACCACAGAUGCGGCCAACAUUGAAUUUUUCUUCAUCGUCUAACUCUACUGAUCUAACAUCCAGUCUCUUCAAUAAUAUCAAUUCACUUGCUUCACGAUCACAAACAACUUCAACAAGCAUUCCAAUGAAUUCAAUGGCUACAAAACCGUCAAUGCCGUCGCCUUAUUUUAACUCAGGAACAACAAGUAAUGCAGCAUUGUUUCAACCACCGCCUCCAGCAGGCUCAACUGUAAUCAGAGGUUCUAUGACACCAUCACACACGACACCCGCGAAAAGUGCAUCUUCAGAGCUUGAUGAUCUUUUUAAUUGA